UCUCUUCCUCAUACUCACUCGAAGCUCGCUCACUCCCUCAUACUGCUGUUCCCCUUAAAGCAGGGAAUAACGACGGGGCGGAGGCAGUAUUGGAUUGAUUUGCCCGUGGUGCGCAACGUCAAUGGUCCACACCUGGAUGUGAGUUUGACGGAAAGGUUAAGGAGAGGUUGCUAUGCCAACAGAGCCUGGCCCUGAGUCAGAGGUGAAGAACGCAGCAGAAGUGUCCUCCCAGCAGAAGGGGGCAGCAGCAGGCAUGCAAGACUCUGCUUCAGACGGCAAGAUGGCUAAACAGGACCAGGACUCCAAACUGAUCGACGACCACAGGGAAACAGACGACGUUUCAGAGAAGACCACCCCAUGCAAGACCCCAAAGUCCCCCCAGAAGACUUCCAAACGGCCAAAGACUGUUCCCUUCAAGGUCACCCUACUGGACACCUCUGACUAUGAGGCGGGGAUUGAGAAGCACUGCAAAGGACAGGCCCUGCUGGACAAGGUGUGUGAGCACCUCAACCUCCUGGAGAAGGACUACUUUGGUCUGACAUUCAGCGAGGCGGACAGCCAAAAGAAUUGGUUGGACCCCUCCAAGGAAAUCAAGAAGCAGAUGCGCACUGCUCCCUGGCACUUUGCCUUCUCUGUCAAGUUCUACCCUCCAGACCCCUCCCAGCUCACAGAGGACAUCACCAGGUACUACCUGUGUCUGCAGCUGAGAGAUGACAUGUUGUCGGGCCGUCUGCCCUGUUCCUUCGUGACCCAUGCCCUGCUGGGUUCCUACGCCGUGCAGGCCGAGCUGGGAGACUAUGACACCGACGACCAUGGCCCUGACUACGUCAGCGACUUCCGCUUCGCACCCAAUCAGACACGAGAGCUGGAGGAGAGGGUCAUGGAGCUCCAUCGUAACUACAGGGGUAUGACUCCAGCUGACGCAGAAAUCAACUUCCUGGAAAAUGCUAAGAAGCUAUCCAUGUAUGGGGUGGACCUUCAUCAUGCCAAGGAUUCAGAAGGGAUUGACAUCAUGCUGGGCGUGUGUGCCAACGGGCUCCUGAUCUACCGCGACCGCCUGAGGAUCAACCGCUUCGCCUGGCCAAAGAUCCUUAAGAUCUCCUACAAGAGGAGCAACUUCUACAUCAAGAUCCGGCCUGGAGAGUACGAGCAGUUUGAGAGCACUAUUGGCUUCAAGCUUCCCAACCACCGGGCGGCUAAGAGACUAUGGAAGGUCUGCAUCGAGCACCACACCUUCUUCAGGUUAGUGUCUCCAGAGCCUCCUCCUAAGGGCUUCCUGGUGAUGGGCUCGAAGUUCCGCUACAGUGGGCGAACACAGGCCCAGACCCGGCAGGCCAGUGCCCUUAUAGACCGGCCCGCGCCACACUUUGAACGAUCCACCAGCAAGAGGUACCUGCUGUCCCGCAGUCUGGAUGGAGCAGAGUUCUCCCGGCCAGUGUCGGCCAUGUGUGAGAACCAGGAUGGUCUGUCCCGGCGCUGUGUCAGUGAACACCCCAACCUCCACAGCCCCUCUGGGGACGAACAGGAGACUGAACUGGAACCACCCAGUCUGGAGCAGGACCAAGAGGACCAUGAGGAGGAUCAGGAUGAGGAACGGGAUCCUGAGGAAGACCAGGACCAAGAGGAGGCGGGUGUCACCACCCCCAGCAAGAAGAAGGAGAUCAAGGAGGAUGCUGGGUCCCCACUUGACAAUAUCCAGGAGUUGGACCAGGAGACAACCCCUCGACACAAGGAGUUUUUGGAUAAGUCGGAGGAUGUCUUAUUGAAGCACCAGGCCAGUAUCAAUGAGCUGAAGAAAGCUCUGAGGGGACCCAACAGCAAGCUGACGAACCGUGAGAAGCGUCUGUCAGGAACGCCCCCAGGAGGCACGCCCGAGAGGAAAGCUGUGGGGGGCAAGGACCCAGUAAACAGCUUCUCUGUAGAGGACUUCUUCUUCCAGAAGACUUUGGUGACUUCCCCAGAGGGCUCUGAGGAGUGGGUAUUGAUUGAGAAACAAGACACUUAUCAACAUAACCAUGACUGGAAGGCCGAGGAACAGAACAAAGCUUCCACCUCACCUCCCCCAUUAGUCCCUGAUAUCUAUUGGGAAAGAAAGAAAGAACUGGAAAAAGAGAGAGAAGGAGCCAAGAUGAUUCAUGUCAAGGCUACAGGAGAGGAUGGGCCAGAAAUGAUAACAGAUAUUGAUAACUUUCCUUUGCCCAAAGCCACAAGGGAAGCCCAUGAUGAAUGUUCUGAACCGCGGCUGACUAGCAACAGCCGGUUCAUGGUGGAAUUAGCUGAAACCACUGAAUCUUCUGAUGAUGAUACACAGUGGAAAGUACCUCCAGCAGAUGACUCUGGUGCAAAGAAUGACAUAGUCUCAGACCCAGACCCAGUAUCAACCCCAGCCCCAGUCCCAUUCCGAGACUCUAAGAAGGAUCAUCAACUCAACAGACACAGAAAAAAGAAGAGGCCUAAUAGUUUAAACCUGGGAAUGUCAACAGAAUUUGUCUAUGAGAAAGAGGGCGACGGCUCAAAUGGCGAAGAAGACCAUGAGGGAUCAGACUGGGAGGAUAGUCCUACAGAGAAGACAAAGGCGGGACUAAUAGACCACCCUGAAGACAGUACAGCGAGAGAGGAGCCAGACGACCAGUGUUGGGGGACGAGUGGACGGAGAAAGUGGACGGAGAAAGUGGUGUCUGCCGCUGUGCAUAAAGAUAACCAGAAGGGACACAUUACAUCAAUAGGAGAAGACAAGGAGACUCCGGGAAGUGCUGUGGAUGAUCCGGCAGGGUGUGAGGAAAACGACCAGGCUAAAAGCUUCAUCAACGAUGAAGUCCAGCCAGCAGAUGAAGUGCUGGGCUCUGUCAAUGGUCCUGAUAAGAAAGAAUGGGAUACUUUAGCAGAAAUGGUUAAAGAGUUUGAUCGUAGAGAGAGGAGCAUGACUGACAAUAAAGAACACAUAGCAGAGGUCAAACUGAGGGUGGUCAAGACCCAUGAGAGAAAAUCCAGUAACUCUGGAGGGGAGGACAUGGAAGUUCUCAUGUCAGAGGUCAGGGGUCAGAGAAGGUCUUUUCAAAGACUAUCAGGCCGCAGUCAGUCAGAAAUAACAAGGAUCGUUCCUCUCAAACCCGAAAGGUCAAAGAGCUUGGCCUGUAAAGAUGAGCACGACAAAGGGAGCCAGGAGACUGAGUCUGAGCUGAUUGGAGUUUUUAGAAGAGAGUACAGAUGGUCAGGGGGUUCCUCAGAGGGACCCUCAGACAUCAACCGGAACGACGCACCCACCUUUCAUCCAACAUUCACCCUGCCUACAUCAUUCGUAACAACCAACACUAGUCCAGCAAGACAGACUCACUCCCCGACCACAUCACACAGAGAAGCUACACAGGUACAGGGCAGCUUCUGGGGUCUGGAAGGCUUGACGAGAGUCGAGGCUAAAACUGAAGAGCUGGAACAGAGCAGCACUGCCUGUGACGAUCCCUUUCAGGUGGCUCGAGAAGCCAUAGAGAGUCAUCACCUUCUCAGCUUUAAGGCCUCAGUUCCAGCUUCAGCGAUUCCCAGAACAGCUCCUCCUGCCCCUCCAGUGAAAACACGGAAAGCCAGAGAGUCUGGACUCAUACUCCGGAACAUCAACCGCAAUGCUAGCAGGGAGCCUGGCCUGGAUGCUGCCAAGAAGAGACACUCGGAGCCUCUCUCCACUCUUGCCAUUUAUGAAGAUACAGUAGAUGAUGCCAAGAGGGAACACUGGGAGAGGAGGCCUCGGCCGGGCUCCACCUCGGAGGAAGACCACGAGCGUGACACGGUGGUCUUCAUGAAAGAGACCCAGUUGGGCAUUGAGAGGAAGUGCUCCAGCAUGACGGUCAGCUCCACGUCCAGCCUGGAGGCCGAGGUGGACUUCACCGUCAUCAUGGACCUCCACACGGGCGUGGAGGAUUUCUCCAAGGGCCUGUCUGAGCUGGGGGAGAGGGAGUGGUUGCCCGAGCGGCUGCCCGAGGUGGGCCGGGACGACUUUGAGGAGACCUCCAGGUUCUAUUCGGCCCGUCUCAUGGGCUCCCAUGACAUGUCCGCUGUAGAGGAGAUGCCCCCUGUGCACCGUGAGGAACGUAUGCGCCAUGAGCCCCCAGUAGCCAGGAAAGACCCCAGUGCUGUUAGCGCUGCCCAGAUGCUGAGGAAGGCCGACACUAAGAUGGAGACACAUACCAAUGGGUCAGAGGUCACCAGCACCAACAUCAUGGACAUGUCUGAGCAGCAAAUGGAGGCUGACAUCAACUGUAACGAGACAAAGGUCUCCAGCAGCACUGACAUGGCUAAGCCACCAGAGGGCGACCUGAACCAGAACCAGGAAGUUGGCAGUAGGAAGGAAGUUCCUCUCCCCAGUAUAGAAAAUGGCUCCCAUGUGAAGGCGGGCACCCUGGGGAGAGAGGCCGUAGUGUCCCCGCUGACUGUCACCGCCGACAAUGUCACCUCAGCAACCACAACUCAAGUUACCAAGACAGUGAAAGGUGGCUACUCCGAGACCCGGAUUGAGAAAAGGAUCAUCAUCACGGGAGAUGAUGACGUGGACCAGCAUCAGGCCCUUGCCAUGGCGAUACAGGAGGCCAAGCAGCAACACCCCGACAUGCUGGUGACAAAAGCAGUGGUUGUCAGGGAAACAGAGUCUCCCACUGAAGAGCAACAUAGAAAAUCGGAGUCCUGAUAACCCAUGGUGGUUCCUGGGAGUGGGGACAGGAGCCCAUCAACUCCCUGACUCCCACUCAACCGUUGCAAGAGGACUACAGUAACCUACCCACAGUGUAUACUACAAUACAAUAGACAGCUCUCCUUGAAAUAAUUUCCGUCUCCUCUCCUGUCCCUUUAGCCAGAACCGACUGUGACGCCGCCUCUGACCCAUCCUCACCCACCAACCACUCUUCCUCUGGAAAAUGCCCUAGAAAAUGCUCGGUGUUUGUACAGUAGACCCCCAUGAGGACUGACUCAUGGUUUGUAAAGAAUAGGGCUACAGGUGUAGGAUCUUAAUUGUGUGUGUCUGUGCGCGCAUAAUGAAGUUCCUACACCUGUAUUUGGUCGCGAAUAGGGCUGUUUAGCUCUGGGAUCUGUGAGAGAUCAGUAUAAUGGUUCUGGUAUUUUACAUCCCCAGACAGACUCUGUAUGUACAGUACAAACAUAAUGGCAUGUUAAUGGUUCAUCACCCCUGAUCGGCAUAGUUCAAUUAAAUUAUUAGCGAUCACGAUGUAAUCCACAAAAAAAACGGAUCGACAUUUCCCCAGAACACGUUGACUUACCUGUAAGUACUGGUCAUUUAUUCUUAAGGAACUCAAUAGCCCACCCCCACAAAUUGCUGUCAUAUAUGGUCACCAUGGAGAUGCCUGCUCUGUGCUGACAUCAUGCAUGAAGCAUGGGGACUGGGUGAGUGGAGUGUGAGGAAGGGGUUUGGGGGGGGAGGGGUGCUCUGCAGGGGCCAGUAGUGAGGGUCAGCCUUUAAUGCUUGUUGUCACCAGCGUGACACAUAUAUAGUCAACAGCUGUCUUACUAGCUUUUUAAACAUUUUUAACAAUAGAACAAUCUAAUUUAAAGUCCAGUGUUUGCUUAUCUUCUGAAAAUAAAAAUCAAAUGGGUCGAUUUAGCGUCUCAUACUCACAUGCAUGAUUCUAAGUAGUCGAGGGAAUGAACGAUACGAUACAGAGCUGUCGUGGAACUGACGUCCACGGGAAGUGCUCAAGGAGGAUUCUGUGGAAUAUACUUCUGCGGCGUGUAGACACUGCAUGUCAAACAAAGCUGACGGGCCUAUACUGAUAGGAGAGUCAACGGAAGAAAUACGUGGACAGACACUUCUACAACAUCAAGAGACUAUGAGUUGGGACUCCGCUUGACAUUCAGGGUGCGUUACUACUCCAGGCUCUGACGCUCGUUCUCUGGAUUAUAACAAACAGAAUCCUUCCACACCCCCUUCUGUGCUCCUCUGCUCAUCCUGUUCUCCUUCACUCAUCAUACUGUUAUACUUUAAUUUGCAAAUGCUGGUCACGUAGGGCAAAAGUCAAAUCAUACCCAUUUCCCCAUGUAGUGCACUACUUUGGUCAAAACUAGUACACUCUACAGGGAAAAGGGUGUCAUUUGAGACAAAGCUAUAGUCUGGUCAAAUGAGCAGUUUUAAUAUAAUGUUUUACAGUAUCUAAUUUUAUGAAGUGUGAGGAUAUGUUUGAUUUGGAUUUUUUUUAAACUUUUGUUUUUAAGUUAUGGUGUGUGAGUUCAACAUUUGUAUUUAUAAGAGUGGUGGUGAAUGUGAGCCGGCGGGUUUCUUGCCUUCCCUAAAAACGAUUAUUAAGUGUGGGAUUCUUUUUUCUGUUAACUUCACAGACAAAGCCUGGAUUCAUAGUGUGACACGUUUUAAGGCCAAACUCCCAUCACCUUCGACAGAUAGACAGGCGGUGAACCUGUUCCAGAACACCUAGCAAAGGCCUCCGUAGCCCUGCCUGGCCAAAUCUGUAUACUCUCUGGAUAAUAACUCUAAAGCUAUAUUCAACAGCUGCGUAUACAUUCGUCAGUCAGUCUGAAAAAUCAACAAAAACGAUAUGCUGGAACAUACUGUUGAAUAAAUACUAUGCAUUGUUUCCUGUGCGGACUAACUUUGAAAAUAUUACAGAGGAGAACCCGAUUCAUUUUAUGGUGUGCCGCUCUGCUCUCAUCUCCUACAGUAUAUGAUAUUGUUUAUUACAGCGGUCAAUCUUAACUGCUUGUGAGACUUGCAAUAACCGUCUCUUUUUGUAGCCACCUCGCUAUUGUAAUCCAUUAUCAAUCUAUUUAAAAGAGAACUGUGAGCUCUUAUGCAUAUAAAAAGCACUACCAAAACCGUUCCAAGAUGGAGUUGAAUCUAAAGUUGAGUUCUGCCACCGUGUUCCCAUGGCUUUGUUACCGUGCUUGGCAUAGUUACUCCACUCUCACUUCACCCUGAAGUAACGGAGAAGAUCCUUCGACCUUGUCUUUAUCUGCUGUAGAGUUCAGUCGCUGUGAACAGAGUCCCUAACAGUUAUUUUGUAUAUUUUAUUUCAUUUUAUCUGGUCAAAUGACACUGGAUUCAUGUUAAGGCACUUGCUUGCAGUGAUAGGCAGCAACGAUAUUGUUAGGAAUGUGUGUUUUCUCUAUACUGGACACACACCUCUGAAAAUGAUUACUUGCUGUACAGUAUAGACAUUGAGAAAGAAGUUGCUCUGUAUAUCUUGAUGUGCUGUUUUGAAGGGUGGAUAUUGUAUGUAUGUAUUGUAUGUAUGAACAUAAAUACUUCUAUGUGUGCAUUUAGUUACAAAUAUACUGGAAGAGUGGUAUGAGGUUGUGCGCAUUUUGUAAUAGAGGAUUCACAAAUGUGCAAUGUUACGACUACCGACUAAGUGUAAGUGCUAAUACAGUGCACUUGUUAUACUGAAACCAUGGAAGUAAUUAUUUAGCCUAGCUGUGUGCCAUCCACUCUCCGUGUGGUGUUAAGGUCAUGACCUCUUCUUAGAAGAACUGGUUAAUACUAUAGAUUAGCUACGAUACACUGUUUCAGUGGUAGUAAUAAUACGAAUUGGAACAAAAAUAUAUUGAAGAGCAGAAAGCAGAUUCCAUAGGCUCACAUGAGGCACUGUCCAUCCCACUCUUCUCCUUCCACCCUUCAAUUCACCUCAACCUGUCUGUUCUACAUUCCCCCUAGUGCUUGGUGGUGUGUGUUUGCUGUAUUUGCGUUCAGUCUAAAUGGAAAACAUACAUACGUAAAUAAAUAAAUGUCUCAAUGCUAUUCA